AUGCUCGUGGAAACGCUGAAUGGAUUAAAGGCUUCAGGAAGGCCUGUGCUGGUCCACAUGUGGCGCAAAUACGUGCUUGUGCCAUUCGGGACGCUGCUGAUGAUGCUGCUUUUGUAUGGCAUCAACGAGAUAAUCAAGAGGACCACAAUCAAUUUCCCAGCAUCUGUGUGUCUGAUGCUGCUUAUGUAUGGCGGGCUCAGCUUAAACUCCUGGCUUUUUGGCGAGCAUCGCACGGAUGUCUUUCUGAAAUACAUUGAGAUUCCAUGUGGAUUUGCACUUCGAUGGAUGAAUUUGUACUUCACGCCUCCCUUUGUGACGCUGGUUCUGUCAGAUAAGGUGAAUGUGGCGGAGGCGUUCACCAUCAUGGCGGUGUUUGUUGUGGGCUACAUCUUCACGUUUGGGUUCAUGGCCUACUUUACGUGGGGGUUGCAACUUUUGCUAGGCACGUACAAGGAUCACGUGGAAGCGGACGAAAAGGACGAAGAGUGCCGGAUUUCGGAGUCAAACCACAACAACAGCGAACAGUCUUCGAGUACCGACAAGGAGGAGGUUGCGUGGGAGGUCAAAGUGCGGGACUUUGUGCUUGAGUGGAUCGACUUUUUCGUGUACGGUCUCGUGUUUGUUGCCGGCCUCCCCGUCUACUUUGUUACGGGCUACGAGAUGCCUGUGCAGCUGGCCGCUGCGGUGCUCCUAUUCCGGGCGUGCUUGCUCAUCCCUGCCAAGCUUCGCCGCGUCCUACAUCCGAUUUUGAUCAGUUUUUCUCUUUGUUUGCUGGUUUACUACAUUCUUUCGCUGAUCAAGGGCCAGAACUAUUUUACUUGCAUCAGACAUUACAAAACGGGACGGACCUACCUGACGCUCUUCGACAGCGAGGCGUACCGCGAGUGGCCGGGCGCAGGCGAUUUCCUUAUCUCGCUGAUGGAUAUCUCCAUUGUGUCUCUUUCUCUGUCAAUGUACAAAUAUCGAGGAGACCUGAAACGACAUUUUGCCUCGGUGCUUCCUCCAAUCGUCGUGUGCGCAUUUAUGUCAUUUUUCAUAUACCCGCCGCUGUGCUAUCACCUGGGCAUCUCCUCGGCCCGAGCGCUGGGCUUUACGGGCCGGUCCGUGACGAUGGCACUCGGCAUACCCCUGGUGACGGCCUUGGGAGGAUCCACACAGCUCAUGGCGGUGACCACGAUCAUCAGCGGCAUAUUGGGGGUGCUGGUGGGCGAUUUGAUUCUUUUCAAAGUGUUCCGCGUGCGCAAACACGACUUUGUGAGCCGCGGUGUGUCGUUUGGUUUGAAUUGUGGAGCCGUGUCCACGUACUACCUCACGGUGGUAGACCCGCGAGCAGGAGCGAUGAGCGCAUUGAGUUUUACCUUUUACGGAACUCUCAUGAUCGUUCUGAGUGCGAUCCACCCAUUGGUCAGAAUCGUGCAGAAGCUUGUUGGGUGGUGA